AUGGCUGCCAAUACCACCAAAAAAUAUCCACUGGGCUCUCCUCAAGAGCACAUUGAAAUGUGUGGAACUCAUGAAUUACCUAUUGACAUGAUAUGUGAGGACUGUGAUGAAUUUAUUUGUGGUGAUUGCGCAAAAUCAAAUCAUAGAGAUCAUAACUGGAAAACCAUAUCCACGGCAGCCACCCAAAGGAGGAGAGGUCUGCUGAAAUUUUUGAAGAAGAUUAAGGAAGAAAAUCUACAUACACUUGCUGAGAAGCUAAAGAAGAUUCCACGACAGAUCACAGAAAAUAAACAACUAUGCGAUUCUGAGAUUAAAAGACUACAGAAGCAUUACGAAGAUAUAAUAGCCAGGCUGACAGAAAUCAGAAUACGGCAUGAAAAGACAAUGAAAGACAACUUGAUUAAAAAGAAUGAUGAGCUGAAUCAUGUGAAAUCUGAGUUAGAGAAGACGAAAAGAGGAAUUGUUGACACAGUAGAAUUCAUGGAGGAGAACAACAGCACCAUGUCUGAUUACAGCUUGAUUGACAACCACAGAGAAUUGACAAAAAUGCUGUCUGAAUUAGAGGUUCAUAUAACAAAUUGCGAACAUUCAGUGAGGUUCGUUAGAGGUGAAAUCAAUGAAGACCUUCUUGCACCUUUGGUUGGAAGAACUUUGAAUUUAGAUGUUAUUGGUGUUACUCAAAUAAACUGCUUUCAAUAUGUAGAUAAAGCAAUGCACGGUUUGGGGUCAAUCAGUGAAGACCAAUGUUACAUACAUGAAAUAAAUUCAAAAUACAUAGAAAAAAUCAAUAGGCAAGGCAUAAAAGAACAUAGAUUUGGUAUUUUUCCUAAUGACAUGUGUGUGACUGAUAAUGGUGAUGUUUAUUUCACUGACGCGGAUAAUAAUUCUAUCAGCUGUCUGUCACCAUCAGGAUCUGUCUCGACAGUCAUCAGUACAGAUCCACUGGUACCAUAUGGAAUCUGUAAGUCAGUGGACGGAGGACUACUGGUCACCUUAACAGAUGAGGUAUCAGAUGAUCACAAAUUAGAGUCUCACAGCAGACGUCUGGUGAGCCACAUCACAGUGACAGGUGAUGUCAUCCAUGAGUAUGAGUACCAGGAGGACGGUCAGACUAGACUGUUUACAGAGCCAUACAGUGUCACACAGAACAGUAACAGUGAUAUCUGUGUUGUGAAUCGUAAAAGUCACACUACUCGUGAACUAGUGAUUUUGUCUCCGUCUGGUCGUAUGAAGUCUGUCUACCGUGGACAGAACCUGGCAGAGAACUUUUGUCCACAUGGUGUAGUGUGUGACUCCCUCGGUAAUAUCCUUGUUAAUGACCCACGGAACAAACAGAUCCAUCUACUGAGUCCUGACGGGGAGUUCCUGAAGUUCUUACUGACAGACAAUGAAGUGAACUAUCCCUCCACACUGUCCCUAUACAAAUCUACACUGUGGGUGGGAUACUACGAAGGAGUUGUCAAAGUGUUUCAGUACAGGGUGUAG